UACACCCAGAAUUCUGUGAGAUCUCAUCAGACCUGAAUUUUCCUGAUUGCCAUCUGAUCAAGAUCAAACAGGUUCUGGGUAUAAAGGCAUCAGCUUACUGGAUCCACAACCACAUUUAUCUACAAUAAGAUACUUUCUCGUUCUAGACUGAGUUGAAGGGGAUCUCUCCAUAACAGGCCAUGAGGGUGAGCCGGGUGUUACAGCUGUCCAUCUGCCUGGUGGGCCUCAGUCUGGCAUGGCGCUCCCCACCACCAGGCAAACCCUCCAUAGAGGGGGGUGGCCAGGUUCCUGUGGGCCAGAUACAGGUGCUCUCUGUGGGGCUGCUCCAACUGCUCCAGGGGGUGCAGGAGAGUGCCUGGAGGAUGGAGAGGCAGGGCGACCAAGUGUCAGAGGAGCUGAUGGGAGACACCCAGGUUGUGGAGAGGCUACGAGAGCAAGGUGUGCAGGUAGGAAGGACCCACAGGCAGGUGACGAAGAACCUCCAGAUGAUGACAGCACAGAGCGACAGGCUGGAGAAUGCAGCCCAGGACGUGCAGCUGGGACUGGAGACUUUAUUGGCCGAGCAAGGUGCCUUGGAGCUCAGGAUGUGCCGUGUCCUGGAGAGGGUGCAGAGCAUAACCAAGCCAGUUCUAAGGAUGGAAAAGCAGCUUAAUAUGAACCUGAUGAAGGUGUUAGUGGACACUCAGUCCAGACGUCUGGCUGACCUAACCUUGGAAGUUAUGACCCGGGACAGAUUGAUUGAUAAGCAUCUGCAGCACAUUGUUGACCUGGAGGAACAGGCGUCUCGUAUCAGAGGGGAGAGGCCUCCCACCAGCGCUGAGGGCAGAUUCUGAUGAUGGCUCUGGCCCUUGUCUGGGCAGCAACCACAGCUGCAUCAAUAUAAACACUCCAUUCAAAACUAUAAGAAAACAACAUAGUUAUAAUGGAAAUCUGAGAAAGAAAGACACAUAGCAUUAUUCAUACCAUAUUCAAGCUUAAUUUCUUCAUCCAGAUACUGUGAGAUGAUCUAAUUGGAAUUUUAAAAGGUAGACAUCCUUGUUGGGUAAUCCCCAAAGUGGUGUGGCUCUGUGUUAAUGUUUGAGGUUCAUAUUUGGAAGCUUUGUAUUGCAAUCCCUUGUCAGCUGGUGCCUCUAGGGCAAUUCAGGCAGAUGUUAGAGGUCCCUUUUACUGAAGCAUGUGUUUGUUUCAUACAAUUGUGUUUUGCUUUUGUUGUUUUCUUUUCUUUUCAUGCAUUGUGUAAUUGAUGUGUAUAGAUAUCCAUACUAGUGUAAGGGUUGUUUAUGGAUGUGUUCAUGCAGGGCUCAUCUACAAAAGAGACCUUGGUCUCAGCAUGACUCAAUGCUUAAAACUGCAAUAUGUAACUUUUUGGGAAACUCCACCAAAUUGACAUAGACAUUUGUGUUAUAGAUCUGUCAUUCGCAUUGAAAGCAAGUCUAAGAAGCGGUAGAUCUGUUCUAUAUGCACUAUUUCUAUGCUACCCAUGCUUAAGUUUUGGUUUUGCAUCUUUUACUUUAGCUUUUGUACACCAACUUCAAACAGCUGAAAAUACAAUAUUUUGGGUUAAGGACAAUAUAUUUUACAGUGGUUUAGAUGGUACAAUGAUUCGCUACACUAUAUUGCUUGUUUUGCCACAAUUGAAAUUAGGCAAACUAUUAGAAUUUUAGCAACCAGUAUAUUUCUGCAUAGUGCAUCUUUAAAUAAAGGCAAACCCUUUUUAAAUAAAUGCAACCACAAUUAAAUAAACAGAUUCAAGGUAAUGGACUGGAUCAGACUGCAUGGAAAAAAAUUAUUUCUGUCAACUUUGGCUGAUUGGCUAAUUCUCCUUGAACGUAAAAAAAAAAGAAAAAAAGGGCUCUGUGGCUGUAUUCUAGAGGUACAGGAGACCUCCUAGAUUCUCAUCUUCUCAGCUGUCCGACAACCAAAUGUAGCAAAGGUUGUGUGUGAAAGCUUUGAGGACUGAGGUCCUAUCUGAUGGCCUCAAAAGUCUGUGAGAUGAAUGCUGUCCGACUGGUGUUCCCAAAAACAACCAGCCAGAGCAGCAAACUCUGACCCAACAUGACAAAGAGAAUAUACAGUAAUGUUCCUGUAAAUCUAUUUGAAAUGUGCCUACGGUUCUUCAUUUGACUUGGACAUUUUAGCCAUUUAGCAGACACUCUUAUCCAGAGCAACCUACAGGAGCAAUUAGGGUUAGGUACUUUGCUCAAGGCCACUUCGACUGAUUUGUUUCACCUAGUUGGCUCAGGGAUUCGAACCAUCGUCUUUUCUGUACAACACUCUUACCCGCUAGCUACCAGACACCCCACUGACAUACUCCAACAGGUCUUUACUUUUGAAUUAAUUUACAUUUCAUUUCAGCCAACCUAUGUUACCAGACAUGCCUAUUGAAGAUGGAAGAUCAAAGCAAAUUGAGUGUGCAAUUUCAUUGUCACACACAAUAUGUUCAGUUUCAGGUAUGAUCUUUGUCAUAUUGUGUAGAGUAUGAUGAUGAGCUUCAGAGUAUAGUAGCUCUAGGCUAUCAUGAUUCUGAACUACACUGAACAAAAUAUA